UGUGACAGUUGUGACGUGCGGUGAUUGUGAUAUUAUUAAUAAUUACCCAUGGCAGAUGUGAAGUGAAAAGGAGUUUAAAAGUCCGUCCACAAACCACAAACAGCGGUCGUUCAAACUUAUUUGCGUGUCCAUGGUACUAAAAAGAGCUUUUUAUUUUAUUUUUCUCUGCUUUAACAAGUCAUCGAUUUUAACAUCUGCCAUCACUUUUUGGAGAGACUUUCAAGAACUCGAUAGCAUCAGAAAGGCUACACUUUAGAAAUUAAUGAUAUUAACAACAACAACAACAAAACGAUAAGAGAAGUAAUUAGAUUUUUUACGAAGUUUUAAAAAACUAACCAAUCCUUUUUGUUGUUGUUUUGUGACACUCCUAAAUAUAAACUAGAAGAUCUGUCCGCUCCCGGAUCUAAUUUCCUCCCUGUGCUUAAAGUCGGAGUGGAUGCGCCAGAGGGGAGAUGAGCGCUCAUAAGGGAGGGACGAACCAAGUCAAGUUUGGAGGAGCGCACGGCCACAGUGAGAGCGACGGCACCAGGGGAGACACGGAACAUCUUCUCCUCAUUCUGUUCCAUCUUAUUUCCCCCAUUGACUGCACUGACUGCUGUCCUGGUCUUUUUAUUUUUUAUUUUUUUGUAAAUAAAGGGGGAUCCUUGAUUGGGCACACAGGAGGAAAGGAUGACGCCUUCCCUGGGGUUGACUUUGAUGUUUCUUCUGAUAGAUUUGCAGACUCAAGACUGUGUCGCAUCCAAAGCGGAGGACCGGCUCUUCAGGAAGCUUUUUAGACGGUACAACCAGUUCAUCAGACCAGUGGAGAAUGUUUCUGAUCCUGUUACCGUGGAGUUUGAGGUCUCCAUCUCGCAGCUUGUUAAAGUCGAUGAGGUGAAUCAGAUCAUGGAAACAAAUUUAUGGCUCCGACAUAUUUGGAACGAUUACAAAUUAAGAUGGACGCCAGCAGAGUUUGAUGGGAUUGAAUUCAUCCGAGUUCCCUCAAAUAAGAUUUGGAGACCUGAUAUUGUUCUCUACAACAAUGCUGUGGGUGACUUCCUGGUAGAGGAUAAGACCAAAGCAUUGCUGAAGUAUGACGGUACGAUCACCUGGGUUCCUCCUGCCAUUUUUAAAUCCUCAUGCCCAAUGGAUAUCACCUACUUCCCUUUUGACUAUCAAAACUGCUCCAUGAAGUUUGGCUCCUGGACUUAUGACAAAGCCAAGAUUGACCUUGUACUCAUUGGAUCCAAGGUAAAUCUCAAAGACUUCUGGGAAAGCGGGGAAUGGGAAAUCAUUGACGCUCCGGGCUACAAACAUGACAUCAAGUACAACUGCUGUGAGGAGAUCUACCCGGACAUCACGUACUCCUUCUACAUCCGUCGCCUGCCGCUGUUCUACACCAUCAACCUCAUCAUCCCCUGCCUCCUCAUCUCUUUCCUGACAGUGCUGGUUUUCUACCUCCCAUCUGACUGUGGAGAGAAGGUCACGCUCUGUAUCUCCGUCCUGCUCUCCCUCACUGUGUUCCUGCUCGUGAUCACAGAGACCAUCCCCUCAACAUCACUGGUCAUCCCACUCAUCGGAGAGUACCUGCUCUUCACGAUGAUCUUCGUCACACUCAGCAUUGUCAUAACCGUGUUCGUGCUGAACGUGCACUACCGCACGCCCAUGACACACACCAUGCCGUGCUGGGUGCGGUCCGUGUUCCUCAAAGUGCUGCCCAGGAUUAUGCUGAUGCGUAGGCCGAUAGAUGAGGAGGGUAAGGCCGGGUGGUUGGACGGCAGUGGGGAAGCAGGAGGAGCUGGAGGGGGAGGAGGAGGCGGAGGAGGGAAAGGACGGAGGAAGAGGAAGAACAGCUUGAUUCAGCAGGUUGGAGAAGGUUCCCUCAACUGUCUGGAGGUUGGUGGGGACAGUAAGCUCAUGGCCAUGGAGGGCUGCACUGGCAAGAAAUGUCCCUGCCCCUGCCAGCAUGUGAGGGAAACCCCAGAGACACCAGAGUCUGGAAAGGUGCCUCGUCAGCUGAGUCCACAGAACAUAAACACGGUGAUGGCCUUCUCCGUGGUGUCGCCCGAGAUCAGACAGGCCAUCGAGAGCGUCAAGUACAUAGCUGAGAACAUGAGGAGCAGGAACAAGGCCAAAGAGGUAGAAGACGACUGGAAGUAUGUUGCUAUGGUCAUUGACAGAAUCUUCCUCUGGGUCUUUGUGACGGUGUGCGUCCUGGGAACCAUGGGCCUCUUCAUCCAGCCCCUUUUUGGUUUCGUCUCGUAACCGUUGUAAAACUCAGGGUUCUCAGCCACAUUGUGACAACCAACACUAAGAGAACUCUUUUUUCUCAGUCAACUUAUCACUGGAUGCAGUCCUGAGCCUUAAAGCAUCACUGGAUGUGCUGGCUUUCCUCAAUAAAAGUAUUGCAAAGUUAAGAGAAAUUUUUAAUUUCAUUUGUUGGUGUACUGCAAUAUGGUAGCGAAGAUUGUAAUGUAGUUAUUGUAUAUAUCUGAUGACUGCUUAUUUUUACCAAAGUGAUUAUCUUAAUUUUCCCCUUGUUAGGAUCAUGUAAAAUUUAGGAUGUAGUGGUUCUUUCAAUGAUGUGGUAAAUUUAGAUUUUUGGAUAGUAGAUUAAUUGCCAUAACUGCUUAAGUUCUUAAAAAAAACGCAGCCAGAAAUAACACAGCUGGGCUGAUAUUUAAUCUAGGUUGUUGUGUUUUAGUUCUGAUUUAUAUGUGAUGGACAUGCACGUAAAUUGAUUACAAGUGUAAAAUGUGAAAAAAACUGCUGCAGAAAAACCACAGCCAUUGAGUCAGGGAAAUAAUUUGUGGAUUGUAGAAUACAUACACAGAAGAGAAGGCUGUAAUGUUUUAAUGACUUGGUCAAACAAAACAGAGCCAUGUUGCUCUCCAGUUGGGUUACAUAAAAUAACAAGGUAGUGCACCAGCAACACCACUUAGAAGUUGGGUUUUAAUGCGGGCCUCUGACACCAACCGUGCAAAAUCGCAAUGAUCAGGCUUUCAUCUUAUAUUUUAAAUGAGAUCGGAACAUAUACCU